AUGUUGAUUUUCCGGAUCGUCGCAAUCAUCCUGGCAAUAUUGCAAAAUGCCAAGGAGAGCCGAGCCCGACCACCCAGGCAGCUCAGGAAGUCUCUGACGAGCUCCUUCCUCUUCAGCGACCUCUUCGGGAAGUACAACAGGCACGUCCGCCCGUCUCGCACCACCAGGAGAUUACCAACGUGUCCCUCAAAAUCGGGCUCUUCUCUAUUCUCAAUCUGGUCGGCAAGAUUGCUAGACGAGAACGCUCCCAGUGCGCCACACAACUACAAUAGAACUACCCAAAUGCAUCAAGUAUUUACAUGCAAGGCAUCUCAAUUGUUGAUAGCUCGCAAGCACUCUGCUGUCUGCGUGGUGACAGUGAUUGCAAGCUAUGUCGUGAUGCAAUCACACAAGGUGGAAUCAUACUUGAACAUUGUCAGCCGAGACAUUGCAAAGAAUAUGAACAGGGUCAGAUUACCAUUUCCCGGAUGUGAAGUUCGAAUAACAGAGAAGCCUAAUAAAAUGUCACACACUGAGAUCCAGAUAUACAUCGCUGUAGGAGCGCUGGCAGCAUCGGUUGUGGUGUUCGUUCUCGUCUUCCUCUGUAUCAACUACCGCCGGUGUCCUGAACGUCGCAGGAGGAUGUCGCGGGCGGCGCUAAGGUUGCGCUUUGUGAUCGACGGCGGCAAUGAGCUAAGGGCAAGUACCACCCAGGUCUUCCAGAGCCACGGCGGCGAGCGCACUCCGCCACCCUGGCCGCGCCAAGGGCCGGAUCCUAUGCUCGAGUUCUUCCGGUCGCGGCCGAUCGCCCACCCGACUAGCGUUCCGCCGCCAACGCUGCCGACGACGUCGCUGUCGCCGCUGCAAGAAGCUCGCGUUCACAGGAGAAGGCGGCCCCGCCACAAGGUCCGUGGAGGAGCCCCCAUCCAGUCGCCAGGAGGAAGUCGCGGUGGCGCGUGCGCAGAGGCGCCCCCCGAAAGCGGCAGCGGCGAAGCCACCGCAGCCGAAAAGGAAAAUAGGGCCGACGCCGGCGUUAGGCGCACCAAAAGCGCGGAGAACGACUACGCCCACGGACGGGGGUUGCGACGCCCCGAGACCAGAGUGUUUCGGAAGGGAAGUGGCCGACGGAGGUUCCUGAGGAGAGGCAGAUUGGUCCCUCUGGAGGCUCGCCCUGCGGCCGCGGGAAGGACUCCUAAGCCCUCGAGGCAAAAGCAUUCCGCAGAAGGACUCCAUCGCCCCGAGGACUACGAGGAUGUGCUGCCAGGCCCUCUCGGCUCGCCGACCCCCUCCUUCGCCAGUCAGCGGGAGAUCCUGACCCCUCCCCCUUCGCCUCCGCUCAGGCCGCCUGGCGGUCCUUCAUCCUCCGCGCCGCCUCCGACCCCCGCCAUCAGCCCGAGGGAGAUGGUCGGCCUCCUGGAACAGCAGGCGGCUGCGUCCUUCCCCGUGGCGUGGGUCGUGGUCAGCGCCGUGGCCCCGAGCGAGCGCGGCGUCUGGCCGUCCCUGGCGCCCCGCCCGCGCCACAGGGGGAGGCUGCACCGAUUGUGCCUCCCUCGGGGUUAGACCGCUCCGGUGGACAACGCGGAGGAGAACCGCGCGACUUCGCCAGUCAUCCGGCGCAGGUCAAGAAAGGCAAGAAAGGGCAAGAAGGGUCCAGGCAGGCCGUCUACCCCGCCAACGCCUGAUCUCACCCACUUCGGGGUCAAACGCUUAUUAGCACGGCUUGGCUUGAGUGACAAACGCUUUUCUCAAGCAGCCACACGGCUUGAGUAUUGGCAACAGACAGGUGUGUUCAUCCUAUAUGGCCGUGUGUCAAACUGA